AUGGCUGACGCAAUGGAUAUCGACAGCUCCCCAGCGAUUGCCACAGAGGUUGAGCGCAAGCGCAAGCACAAAAAGCAGGAAGCUUCGUCUCCAACGAAAAAGCGCAAAUCCGACUCCAAAUCUAAAAGCAAGAAGGCCGCUACAGAAAACUCCGACCCUAACCCCGAGUCCCCCUUCUCGCUCACAAAGGCUACCCUCUACCUGCCUUUGGCUCCUAUCUCUAUCUCGCCUACCCAUGCGCUGGCCUCGCUGCAGGCGGAGCACCUCGCCCCGCUGCUCUUGACCUACUACCCACCGCUUAAGGGUGUGGUUAUGGCCUACUCGAACGCCUCGAUCUCCAGCUUCCCACCUUCAUCGACACCGAAGCAGUCCACGGACCACAACCCGGCACAGUUGACUCUCGCCAAGACUGCCGACGAGUACGGUGUUCUCUACGUCUACCUGACAGCGACCUUCCUCGUCUUCCGUCCCAAGCGCGGACAGACCCUGGACGGUUGGGUGAACGUUCAAUCGGAGGGCUUCCUCGGAGCCGUUGUCUUUAACCUGUUCUCCGUCGGCAUUGAGCGCAAGCGACUCCCCACAAACUGGACCUGGGUACCACCAGGUGAGGAGGGCGAGAACACUGAAGACAGCACCAGUGGAACUGUCAACGAUGCGACUACGGAUGAGGAAUCAGGAUCUAACGAGAAGGCCUUUUUCGACGCGGAGAAGGAACACUUCCAGCCCGCCGCGCUGGCUGCGGACGAGCUUGACAUCGGUGCUGAUGAGGAAGAGGAGGAGGCUGCUUCUGGCCACUUCCAGUCUGUGUCUGGGCACAGGGUACGCGGGAAUGUGCGAUUCCGCGUUGUCGAUGUCGACGUCAUUCCCGGUUCGGAGCGGGAGCGUGGGUUCUUGAGUAUUGAGGGUACGAUGUUGGACUCUGUUGAGGAGGAGAAGCUCGCUCAAUCGGAGCACCAGGGUCAAUCUGUUCCUAUGGCUUUCUUCUCUGGCUCAUCAGACAAGAAGUCGAACCGGGUGAUUCCUAUCUCGGUGUCACCGCCGGCCGAGUCGGUGCAGGUGGUUGAUGUUGAGUUGGAGCCGAGCCAAAAGACCGAGAAAAAGGAGAAGAAGGAGAAGAAAGAAAAGAAGGAGAAGAAAGAGAAGAAGGAAAAGAAAGAGAAGAAGUCAAAGAAGGAGCAAUAG